AUGCGUGCCUACCCGGGACGCGACUCCCUCGGCCCAACUGCCAGGAGCUGCCACUGGGACAAACAGACGGGUCAUGUGGCUCCGCUUUACCAAGUAGAGGGUGACGCCAAUCCACACUUCAACGCAAACUUUAGCAUUCACCACUGGCUAGACCGGGGCACUCCCUCAAGCAAGUUAGUUAUGGGAAUGCCAAUGUACGGCCAGUCUUUUUCCCUGGCUGAUCAAAAGCACCGGUCGCUAAACGACAAGUGCGUAGGCCCGGGUUUGGCAGGCACGUACACUCGCGCUGGUGGAUUUUUAGCAUACUAUGAGAUCUGCGAAAAGGUCGGAAACGGCGGCUGGACAGUAGUAAGGGACGAACAAGGUCGUGUUGGACCCUACGCUUACAGUGGCAACCAGUGGAUAUCAUACGACGAUGUGUCAGACAUUCGGCGAAAGGCGCAAUUUAUUAGGAGAUUGCGCCUGGGUGGCGGCAUGGUCUGGGCUCUUGACUUAGACGACUUCCGCGGCCGAUGCGGCUGUGGCAAGCACCCAUUGCUACGGACCAUUAAUCAGGAGCUGCGAGGAAUUCCUGGACAGCGCACCAACGAUUGCACCUAAUAAUUUUCUCUUUCAGUAUAUUGUGAACGCUUUUGAUAUGUUUUGUAUAAGAAAAAAGUCUUUAUAACCAAUUAAAUUUAUUAAUUUAUUAUUUAAACUAAAAUUAGUUCACCGGUGUGUUUUUUGUUCGCACUCUUUUAAAAGCAAGCAGCGCAAGCUAUUUUUGUACAAAAUUAUAUUUCUAAUAA